AAUCUUACUUCCUGUUCGCGCUUCCCAUUGCUUUCGUUGCAUUCCAUCAGAACACAUUUUUCUUCUGCCGGUGUUACUUUCAUUUAGAAAUUGCUCGGAUUUUCCCAAGUUUUACCUUGAAUUUAACAUUCCAAGAGUGUGAAAAAAUAGGGUGAAGCAAAAACAACUGGAGAAACAAUGACAAAAGUUGCUGGAACUCCAAAGAGUGCGGUUUCAACGCCAAAUCUCAAGCAACACGGUGGCAUACACAAGAAUAGAACGCCAAAAUUUAAAAACACACCAACCGGAAAAGUUGCCAUCGUUCAAAAUGGAAAGACUCCAAAUAAAAAUCAAAAAACUCCAAAGGGAAAUAAUUUACAUUUAGAAACAAAUGGAAAUUCAACGCCGAAAUUAUCACAAAAAAAUUCUCCACUCUCACCAAAAAAGCAAGAGUUGUCGCAAAAAAAUUCACCUAAAAAACAACAACAGGAAUUAUCACCAAAAAAAGAUGUCGUCGUCUCACCAACUCAAGUUCCAUUAACACCAAAAAAUAUUGCCACACCGAAAAAUCAAGCGUCAACAAGGAAAUCAUCACAAAAAUUAAAUAAAUCACAACAAAAAAAUAAGUCACCCGAAAAAGUUGAUAAUUUAAAAUCAUCGCCUAAGCAAUUAAAAUCAUUGCAAAAAGAAAAAUCACUAAAAUCAGCGCAAAAGGAAUUGGAGACAAAAGUUGAGGAGAAAAAAGCAAGUCCCAAAAAAAUGAAUUCGAAGAAAAAACUUGAACUUGAAAUUGAAAAGGAGAAGUCUGAUGAUAGUUUUAAUGAAGGUGUUUUAUUAAACGAGAAUUCGGAUGAUUCUGAUUCAGUGAGUGAUGACGAUGAUGACGAUUCGGAAAAUGAUGUUCCGGAUAUUUUCAGUAAAAGUCUCAACGAUGAUUCAGAGGAGGAUGACGAUGAUUUUGAGGACAGUGACGAACAAGCUGAAUACAAGGGUGUUAAAAUGUUCAAGGGAAUCGAAGACUCCGACGAUGAUGACGAUGACGACGACGACGAGGAUGAUGAUGACUUGGACGCAGAGGAUGAUGACGACGACGAUAGUGAUGACGAAACGAUGGACACUUCAAAUUCCAUGUUAAUCUCACAAGAAAGUGACGAUGAGGAUGAAUCUGAUGAUUCAGACGAUGAUUCAGACGACGACGAAUCAGAAGAAGAAUUCGCCCUCAGCGUUAAAGAUCUUUUAGGUGAAAGUCUAAAGGACGAGGAUGACGAUGUGGAUUUCGAGGACAGUGACGAUGAUGAUGAGGCGCCAAGAACCGAGAAAGUAAAAACCAGAAGUGCAAAAACAGAAGAUGAUGAUGACGAAGACGAUAAUUCCGAAGAAGAUUCGGAAGAUGAUUCCGAAGAAGAAGGUGUUCCCACAAUAAAAGAUCUUUUAGGCGAAAGUUUAAAAGACGAUGACGACGAUAACGAUUUUGAAACAUCGAAAAUGGAGGAAGACGAGGACGAUGAAGAUUUCGAGGAUGAAUCCGAUGACGAGGGUUUGAGCGACGACGACGACGAUGAUGAUGAUGAUGAGAGUCCUAAAAAAAAGAAAGCCGAUAUAAGUCUCGAUGAAUCGACUGACUCGCAAUCGUCGCCCGCCGAGAAAGAGGCUAAAAAUGCCCGAACAAUUUACGUCGGUAACGUACCAAAAACUACCAACAAAAAACAACUUGCCCAAGUUUUCAAAAAAUUCGGCAAAAUUGAAAGCAUUCGAGUUCGUGGCAUUGUUCCUGAAAAUCCAAAAAUGCCAUUCAAAGUUGCGGCAAUCAAGAAAAAAAUCCAUCCGAAAAUAACCACUGUCUUCAUCUACAUUACUUAUUGCAAUAAAGAAUCGGCACUGAAAGCGCUCGUUAUGAAUGGACAAAAAUAUGAGGAGAAUAUUUUACGAGUCGACACUGUUUCGGAGAAAACUUACGAUAUCAAGAAAUCAGUAUUCCUGGGAAAUUUGCCUUUCGAAUGCCCUGAAAAUGCAAUUUGGAAUCACUUCAAGAAUUGCGGACAAAUCGAAUCAGUUCGAAUUGUUAAGGAUCGAAAAACUGGUUUAAAUCGUGGAAUUGGUUACGUUAAUUUCACCACUGAAGACGCAGUUGCCCUUGCAUUAGAAUUACACAAUUCGACAAUAAAGAAUCGUGAAAUUCGUGUUACUCCAUGUAUAGAGACGACAAAACGAACACGAACGGGAAGAAAACGUUCUCACUCCACCAGUUUCGACAAAUCGCAAUCUCCAAAAAAACUUAAAGAAAAUGACGAAAAUUCCGUCAAUGUCAAAAGCAAUGCGAAAAAAGGAAAAAUGCGAAAACGCUCACAGGGUUCAGUGCAACGUGCUACAAAAGAAGAAUCUGUCUCUCCUCAAAAGCCAAAAUUCAACAAAAACAAGACGGCAACAAAGCAAAAGACAAUGAAAAAGGAAGAAUCUGUAAGUCCACAGAAACCAAAGUUCAUGAAAAAAGAAACAACGAAGAAGCAAAAACAAAAGGAGGAAUCCGUCUCACCUCAAAAGCCAAAAGUCAAAGAAACAUUUGUCGCUAAAAAAGAGAAAGUAUUCGAGAAGCAGCAAGCAACAAAUUUUCAAGGUCAAAAAGCCGAAAAGAAGAAGAAGCAAAAAUUGAAUAAAACCGAAAAGAAGAAGAAGGUUAUGGCUGAAAAAUUGAUGUCUAAAAAUAAGAAGAAAGAGACGUAAAAUUGUUUUUUAUUUUGUUCUUUAAUUUUUUAAAACAUUUUUUUUUCCCUCUAUUUUUAGAAACAAAAAAAAGAACAAUUUUUUUGUAUGAUUUGACUGAUAGCAAAAAAAAGCACGUAAUUUUUCAAGUUUAGUUUCAAUUGUAUGAAUGUUUGUGCGCUUUGUACAUAUUUGAAAGAUUGUCGAUUACAAUCGUUGUUGUGUAUUUUUUUUCUUGGCAUUGUAAAUGUCAGACUUAAAAUUUUUGUUUUUCUUCUAGUUUUUAAAUUACUUCAAGACUAGUUUCAUUAUAUAUUUUUUUCAUUCACAUUAUAAUUUCGUAGCAAUGAUCAAUAAAAUUCUUUUAUUAUCAUA